AUGUUAAUAGAUGCUUCAAACGCCUUUAACUCGGUCAACCGAGCUGCCGCCCUUCAUAAUAUUCGGGUCUUGUGCCCAACGCUGGCCCCUUUUGUAAUUAACACCUACCGCCUACCAGCACGGCUGUCUGUAGCGGGAGGCAAGGAGCUUGUAUCAGCUGAGGGCACAACUCAAGGUGAUCCGCUCGCAAUGAGCAUGUAUGCCCUCAGCUUACAACCACUCGUAUCCCGCCUACAAGCAGCAACUCAAGUCAACAAAUGCUGGUUCGCAGAUGAUGCGACAGGAUGUGGGUCACUGGAUGACGUCAGGCACUGGUGGGAUACCCUUCAAAGUUCGGGACCGGAUUUAGGAUAUUUUCCUAAUGCUGUGAAGUGUUGGCUCGUAACUAAGCCCGAGAAAGAGGAAUCUGCAAGGAAAAUCUUUGAAGGAACUGGAAUCAAUAUCACUACGGAAGGUCGCAAGCAUCUUGGAGCGGCGCUCGGUUCCAGGCCCCAUCUUGAACAGUACGUGGAUAGCAAAGUUGAUGAGUGGGUGGGGCAGGUGACAAAACUCGCUGAAUUUGCAAUUUCGCAACCUCAAGCCUCCUACGCAGCGUAUACGUUUGGCUUGAAGCACCGUUGGACGUAUUUUUUGAGAACUCUGCCGGAUAUAGAGGAUCUAUUGUUGCCUCUAGAACGUGCCAUAUCAGACACCUUGAUACCCUCUCUAACAGGGCGCACGUGUACUCAGGCAGAACGUGAUCUCCUCGCCUUGCCAGUGAGGUUUGGAGGCCUGGAACAGAUAAAACAGCAAACGCAUGAGCUGCCGUGUGACGAUGCCGUACAAGAAGCACAGCAAGAGGCGCGCAGAGAGAAGAACGAGUACCUGAAGUCUAGAUACGCGGAGGUGAAAAGCUCUUUACCUGUUAAUAUGCUAAGAGCAGUGGACCUUGCUACUCAGGAAGGGGCUUCAAGCUGGCUUACCGUUCUGCCAUUAAGAUUGAUGAGCUUUGAUCUCAACAAACGAGAAUUCAGAGACGCUCUAGGAUUGAGAUACGACUGGGAGAUCCCCGAGACACCAUCUAUCUGCGUUUGCGGGGACACAUCCGACGCAGAUCACGCAAUGAUUUGCAAGAGAGGCGGGUUUGUAAUCCAACGCCACAACGAGCUGAGGGAUUUGGAGGCGGAAUUGCUGAGUCUGGUGUGUAAAGAUGUGCAAACGGAGCCUGUUCUACAGGACAUCACGGGAGAAGAGCUUAACAGGGGAGCUCACACCGCUCGAGACGCACGACUGGACAUUGUAGCAAGAGGUUUCUGGGAGAGGCAGAGGCAGGCAUUUUUUGAUGUACGAGUUUGCCAUGCUAAUGCUGAAUCCUAUAGAGACAUGAACAUCGACCAGAUAUUUAGGCAACAUGAAACAGAAAAGAAGCGUCAGUACGCUACUAGAGUGUUAGAAGUAGAGCAGGCCACUUUCACGCCAUUAGUGUUUGGCUCGACAGGGGGAAUGGCAAGCGAAUGCCAACAGUUUCACUCCAGGCUAGCGGAGCUCAUUGCCGAGAAGAAGGGAGAAUUAUACUCAACAACCGUGUCCUGGAUCCGUGCAAAAGUUUCGUUCGCCAUUUUAAGACCUGCCCUUCUGUGUCUACGUGGUUCAAGGAGCCCAAGGCGAGCACAUGUAAAUAUAUAUGACAAUGACUUUGAAAUUCAGAAACAGAGAGCAAAUAUUUUUUAA